AUGAGCUGCAAACGACAGUGGCAGCGACUGACAGCGUAUCAACUCACAUGUCUACAAGAUCUCAUCUUCUUCUUCUCUCUCAACCAUCAUUUCGUCAAUCCUCACAUCGACACCGAGAAAGACACCGGCAACAUCUUGACAUCAGAUAUGGCUACCGACAAGAUGAAGUCGUCGCCUCCAAAGCCUUCAUCCCCCAUCGCCAUCUCCACCGGCCGAACCCGCGCCCGAACCGUCGACCACCUCCCUCAACACCAUCCUCCCUCCCAUCCUUCAAUCCUCCCCCGAUCUCGGAUCUCUCAAAGUCACGCCAACACCGUCCCUCUCAAACCCGAUCCUCCAAAAUCCACCAACGUCAAAGACCCUCUUCACAAUGUCGACUCUCUGAAACUUCAAGUCAUCCGCAACAAGCACGGCCAAACUCUCGGUCUCAAAGUAGUUGACAUCAACUCCGUGAAACCUGAACGAGCUAACAUUUGUGCUCAUCUUCCUAUUGGCAAGGAAAACGCCGGUCUUGUGUUUGAUGUUGAGAGCGGUGAGGCGAUGAAGGAGUUGUACUCCAAAGCGUCGUUGACUAUGGCCUCGGGGAGGAUUAUGGGAAUCUUGUUUGCGCCGCCGGGGGCUGAUGCUGGGGGUAUUGCUAGGGAUGCAGAUUGGUCGUUUUUGGACGAUGAGAUUGAGGGGGGAGAUGAGAAGGACGGGGAUGGGGAGGAGGCUGAUAUACAGAUUCCAAUUUUGCUGAGGGACCUUGAUCUUGAUGAUUGA